ACUAUAUACAUAUAUAAAGAGAACAAAAGCAAGCAGCUAAGCACCCCAAACUAGAAAAAACGAAGAUAAGCAAAGUGAAGAAGAGAAAGAGAGGAGGAGGAGGAGGAGGAGGAGGAGGAGGUAACAGCAACACCAUGGGAGUGGAUUACUACAAGAUAUUGCAAGUUGAUAAGACUGCAAAAGAUGAUGAUUUGAAGAAAUCUUAUAGGAAAUUAGCCAUGAAGUGGCAUCCUGAUAAGAACCCUAAUAACAAAAAAGAAGCUGAGGCUAAGUUCAAGCAAAUCUCUGAAGCCUAUGAUGUUCUUAGCGAUCCACAGAAAAGAGCAGUGUAUGACCAAUAUGGUGAAGAGGGUUUAAAGGGUCAAGUACCACCACCUGGUGCUGGUGGUGCUGGUCCUGGAGCUUCAUUCUUUUCUACUGGAGAUGGACCCACAUCGUUUCAUUUCAAUCCUCGAAAUGCUGAUGAUAUUUUUGCUGAAUUUUUUGGGUUUUCUCAUCCGUUUGGAGGGAUGGGAGGAGGUAGUGGUGGUGGUGUUGGAGGCAUGAGAGGGGCAAGGUUUCCUGGUGGGAUGUUUGGUGAAGAUAUCUUCAAGUCCUAUGGUGAAGGUGGAGGAUCAAUGCAUCAAGGUGCUCCUAGAAAGGCUGCUCCAGUUGAGAAUAAGCUGCGAUGUAGUCUUGAAGAGCUUUAUAAGGGAGCUAGCAAGAGAAUGAAGAUAUCCAGGGAGAUUGUUGAUCCAAGUGGCAAGCCUGAGCAAGUGGAGGAGAUUCUAACCAUUGACAUAAAGCCAGGUUGGAAGAAAGGCACAAAGAUCACCUUCCCUGAGAAAGGGAAUGAAAUGCCAAAUGUUAUACCAGCAGAUGUAGUCUUCAUUAUCGAUGAAAAACCCCACCCCAUAUUCAGUCGUGAUGGAAAUGACUUGAUCCUCACACAAAAGAUUUCCUUAGCUGAAGCCUUGACAGGUUACACUGUCAAUCUCACAACCUUAGACGGAAGGAACUUGACCAUUCCUAUCAACACCGUGAUUCAUCCAAACUAUGAGGAGGUUGUUCCGAAGGAAGGGAUGCCAAUCCCAAAAGACCCCACAAAGAGAGGAAAUUUGAGAAUCAAGUUUAGCGUCAAGUUUCCAACAAGGCUAACUGCAGAGCAGAAGGCAGGAAUCAAAACUCUCAUGGGACCUUGAGAUCAAUAUUAGAAUGGGAUGCACCUCCACAGAAAUGGGGCACUUUUUGUGAAUAUGCAUUUUAGGAAAUUACCAACCAGAAUGCGAUGCACUUUUUGUGAAUGUUAUUUAUGGUAUCUGCCUUUGAUAGUUUCAGUUUUGGAAAAUUCUACAAUGCCUUACCCUUUAGGGGAGCACAUCAUGCUUGUAAUGCUUUUCUUUUUUCACAUAAUUCAGUGCUUUUAUUUUUUAGCAAAACUUCCACUGAGUUCUACAAAACACUCGAUGCAUUAUGUAAUUCAGUAAUUUUGUUACCAAAUUCGGUGAUGUUGUUGCAGAAAGUGAUUAUACGAAUCACCAAGUGUGAUGAUGACUAUAUUAUGGAAUUUGGUGACCAAUUUACUGAAUUGCAUAAUACAAUUGAGUUUUUUAGCAGAACACAGUGAAAAUUUUGCCAAAAGCUCCCCGAAUUAUGCAAAAUGCCAGCAAAGGCUUCCUGGAAAGGCAUUGUGGAGGCAGCUUUUUCUGUUUUGGAGUGCACGAUGCCUUCUCUUUGAGACAGAAGCGGUCGAUGUCAAGGGUGUUAAAUGAUAAGGUGUACUGAACUUUAUUACACUAAUAAAAAUUGGCUCCAGUUUUUUUUGUGGUGAA